AUGCUCAACUUCUCGGCGCGCGAUGGGCGCAACAGUCACCAUACGAUACCGCUCGGCCUACGACGGCCCCAGGCACGUCACAAAGCCAUAUUGACCCAUCCAACACCAUCACCACUCUCAGCGAUUCACUCACAGGUACGCUUGCCCGACACGAAGAACCCGAUCCACUCUCCAAAUACUGUCAAGACGGUUUCGAUGACUCUGUGGCCCCGCGUCUUCAGCAAGCCGAACCAUCUACUCCAUCUAUACUUUGGUGGUUGCAUUUAUCGAGAUGCUGUACGCGCGCAUAUCAUGUGGAAUUUCCCUGACGAGACAGAGUCGUCAUAUUCUUCCUUCACAUUGGUAUCAACGCAACCCGCCGAGUGCUUUGACGUCUUGACACCGUCAUCGCUCAACCAGGGCCCCUCUCAUCUCCCCAUAAUCUGCUACAUCGCCCGGACUCAGCUAAUGUCGAACCGAAACAACCAUUUUCGUAUCGCGCCUGGCCCAGGGAAGUCAUCGAUUGAGCCUAUCUUUCGGCUUCGAGAGCUCCGAGCCCGCAAGCUCGUCCCAUCACUUUCGGAUCACAAUGCGUGUUUUCUGGGCGUCUUUUUUGGAAUGGCGCAGAAGCACUUUUACCCUCGACCUUUCACUGACGAAUGCGAGUUCCGCAUGUCUCCAGUGAUCCUCACCCACAAUACAGGCACUUUAGCGUUUAUUGUCUACAACGGCAACAUAACCGAAGCAUUUCUAGAAAAGUUCCACAACCCCUUCAAGGCCACGCCUAACAACGAUGAUGACGUCGUCUCUAGCAACACGAUAGAUUACACAGAAGUUCCCAUCUGGUCGAUUCUAGGUCUACGAGAACUAUUUGGCAAAGUUUUGUGUCAAGAGGUCGUCGGUGCUUUCCAGCCCGAAUGA